AUGGUGCCCCGCUUAUGCUUUCCAUGCCUGAUUGCUGCACUCAACCUCCCUGGGAAAAUAACCCCCUCCCUCAGUCUCCAUGGGACAACUGCUCUCCAUGGGAUAGUGUGCCCACUUCUUGCCCCAUGGCAAUCCAACACAGUCAGGUCCCAGUUUCAUCGAUUCCAGAACACGCUGGGAGGUGGUAUACAACCACUGGAACAAGCAGAAAGCGAAGGCAUAGAGACAGGAGACGUGAAAUUGAAGAGCACAACCGCUCCGCCCUCUCCGCUAGCGGCGCCGCCUGCAGCGGCGGCGGGCGCGGUGCCUCCGGGCGCCGUAGCUCUGACCGGCGGUUGCGGGCAGAAGUCUUUAAAGCAGUCGCUAUGCGCCGCGGUGCUGCGGCUCGUGCAGGAGGGCGUGGAGAGGGACGGGUACGGCAAGCAAGCCGUCGAGGCGCUGGGAAGACACUUCGCGUCGCUCCCUUCGCGGUACGCUCUAAGCGUCGAUCCGCACCGCCAUGAUGACGUCAUGCUGCACAUGCGGUUGAUCAACGAGGUGCGCGACGCGAACCAGUCGAACCGCGACCACGGGCCAAUGGCGUGCGUGCGACGCGUGUGGCUGGGAGCCGCAAACCUGCCGUCCAAUCCCAGCACACCAAAACCACGCGCCGCCGCGCCCGCCGCCGCCGCUGCUGCUGACAGAGACAGUGCCGGGCAGUCGGAACAAACGAAGCAGCAACGACGGAGGGAUGCUUAUAAGACGAGUAGUCAGCCGCGUCGCAUUCCGAAGCCAAUCUUCGGUUCCUCCGCGGCCCUCUCGUUACUCUACGUUUGCAGUCCCACAGGGGCCGCAAUGAACGCCGCAACUAACGCCGCCACAUCCGCUGGCGGAACUCCGGGGUCCAACGGUGGCCCUGAGUCGGGGAGUCUGGGCGGAGGCAUAGGGUCGUUUGGGUCCUACGAUCAAACGAAAAGCGCGGGUUCGAGUCUCCACGGCGACACUUUGGAUGAAAACGAGGAAGGCGCGGGGGGAGGAGGGUCGGGGAGAGGGUACGGGUGGGAGGUGACGGUGGCGGCUCCUGAUAGGCAAGGGCUGCUGACGUGUUUCACGAGCGCGUUGGGGAAUGCUGGCCUGGAGUGGAACAUCAGAGAGGCUCAUGUGUUCAGCAGCAGUGAUGGCAUGGCGCUGCAGGUGUUUGUGGUGGCGCCCGAUGGCGACCACCCCUUGCAUGAUGAUACGGUGGAGCUACAGGAGGCGGUGCAGGAGCUGCUGCGCGCCAAGUGGAAGGACCACGUGGCAGUGGCAGCGCGCACAGCAGAGCAGGUGCAGCUCAGCAACCUGCGCGCCGUGGUGGACGCUCUCGCAUACGAGGACUGGGCCGUGGAUUACAGUGAUCUGGCUCUGGGCGAGAAGCUAGGCGGGGGCGCGUCAGGGCGGCUGCACCGGGGGACGUACCGCGGGCAGGAGGUGGCCGUCAAGGUGCUGCAGCUCGCACCCCAUGGGGGGGGCGCGCAGGGGGAGGGCGCGGCUGGGGGCGGUGCUGCUGGAGAGGGGGGGGAGGGAAUGGGGGGCUCGGUGUGCGGGACUCUGCGGAGUGCGACGGCGAUGGAGCUGCUGCAGUGCUUCAAGCAGGAGGUCGCUAUAAUGAGGAUGGUUCGCCAUAAGAAUCUCGUGCAGUUUAUCGGAGCCUGCUCCCACUGGCCGCGUCUCUUCAUUGUCACAGAGCUCAUGGCUAAAGGAAGUGUGCGGGACGUCCUAGACAGGCGCAGCAUCGCUCUCUCCCUGCCGGCGCGCCUCAAGAUCCUCCGCGACGCAGCCCGUGGGCUGGACUUUCUCCACCGCCGAGGCAUUGUGCACCGCGACUUGAAAGCAGCUAACCUGCUCAUUGAUGAGAACGACGUGGUGAAGCUGUGUGACUUUGGUGUGGCGCGCAUGCUCCCAUCCCGGCAGCAGGGUGGGCAGCUGAGGGGCGGACCGGAGGGGGUAGGGGGAGCAGACAUGACAGCAGAGACGGGGACGUACCGGUGGAUGGCGCCUGAGGUGAUGGAGCACAGGGGGUAUGACCAGCGCGCCGAUGUCUUUUCGUUCGCCAUCACCAUGUGGGAGGUGUUGACAGGCGACCUGCCUUACUCGGGCCUCACACCACUGCAGGCUGCCAUCGGCGUGCUUCAGAGGAACCUCCGGCCGCCCAUUCCGCCCACGCUCCCUCCGCCCAUCGCCACUCUCAUGGCGCGCUGCUGGGCGUCUGACCCCGCUGAUAGAGCCGACUUCUCCGAGGUGCUGACAGUGCUGGAAGCGUCCAUCAAGGGGGUGUCUCCUGCCGCCCUCUGCUUGGGCCCUGAUGCCGCCUCCGCUGCUGCUGCUGGAGGGGGAAUCACAGGGGCAGGGGCAGGGGCAGGGGCAGGGGCAGGGGGAGUGGCAAGGGCGCGGGAUUUGACAAGGGGAGGAGGGAGCUCUGCCUCUCUGGGCAGCUUGUUUCGGCGGUCCAUCUUUGGAGCUGUCAAGAAACACUGA